CCCUCCCCUUCCCUUCCCCUUCCCUUCCGAGCCGAGCCGAGCCGGGGAAGGCGCCGCCGCGACCCGUCCUGUGCCGCCCGCAGCAUGGUCUGGAAAACUCUGCCGCUGCUCUGUGCCCUGCUGGCCGCCGCCCGGCUGCGAGCGGAGGAGGAGCCGAGAAGCAAAUCUAAAAUCUGUGCCAAUGUCUUCUGCGGAGCCGGGCGGGAAUGUGCGGUGACGGAGAAGGGAGACCCGACCUGCCUCUGCAUUGAGCAAUGUAAACCUCACAAGAGGCCCGUGUGUGGUAGCAAUGGCAAGACAUACCUGAACCACUGUGAGCUGCACCGUGACGCCUGCCUCACUGGCUCCAAGAUCCAGGUGGAUUAUGAUGGACACUGUAAAGAGAAAAAGUCUGAGAAUCCAGCUGCAAGUCCAGUUGUCUGCUACCAGUCGGACAGGGAUGAGCUUCGUCGCCGCGUCAUCCAGUGGCUGGAAGCUGAGAUUAUCCCGGACGGAUGGUUUUCCAAGGGCAGCAACUACAGCGAAGUCCUGGACAAGUACUUCAAGAGCUUUGACGACGGCGAUUCCCGCCUGGACUCCAGCGAAUUCCUGAAGUUUGUGGAGCAGAAUGAGACUGCCGUCAACAUCACCACCUACAUGGACCAGGAGACCAACAAGCUGCUCAGGGGACUCUGCGUAGAUGCCCUCAUCGAGCUGUCAGAUGAAAACGCCGACUGGAAGCUCAGCUUCAAUGAAUUUCUCAAGUGCCUCAGCCCAUCCUUCAACCCACCAGAGAAAAAGUGUGCUCUGGAAGACGAAACUUACGAGGAUGGAGCAGAGACCCAGGUGGAGUGCAACCGCUGCGUCUGUGCCUGUGGGAACUGGGUGUGCACUGCAAUGACAUGUGAAGGGAAGAAUGAGAAGAUGCCUGCUGGGAGACAGCAACCUGAUCAAGACUUGACUGAGGAGGAGCUAGCUAGAUACGUUCAGGAGCUGCAGAAGCAUCAGGAGACGGCUGAGAAGACCAAGAGAAUGAGCACCAAGGAGAUGUGAGGGGCCUCCACACCGGAGGAGCCCAGGAGGAUGGGCCCAACCUGCUGCCCCGUCCUCCAGUGCUGAUCCCAGUAUGCACAAGUGUCUGCUACAGUUGCCCAGUCACAGAUAUUUACAUUGUAUAGCGAUGGGUUAUUUGUUUUGUAAUACAGAGAAUGGGGCCAGGAAAGGGGAGCAGAGCCCACCUGUUCAGGGAGCUUCCUUGCUGGGGCUUUGGAAGGCUGGGAGGCAAUUGCAGCAGCCCCUGGGACCCUUUCCCAGAGCAGGCAGCAGUUCCUCCCGGGAGCUAACAGGGAUUUCUCGUUCCCCUGGAUCUGGGGAAAGGACGGAGGUCAGUGCUGGAUAGAAAAGGGGAUCUUCAAUCGAUAAUGUUGUCAGCACCGGCCCUGGCUGCAGAAAUACAGGCCCGACAGUUCUGUGGCUGGGUAUGUGUGCUGCAGGGCAUCAUUAGCCAAGGACCUUGCCCUGCUUACCCUCCCCUUUGGUUCGAGCUCCUCAAAGCUGGUCAGCCUCGUGUGACACCUGGAAUUCAUGGUGCCAUGCAGCGGGUAUGAGUCCAGCACGUUCCUCCUUGCUUUCCACCGGACUGUCCCCAGCAGCUCCUCCAGUACAUUGUGGGCUCCAACACACGGUUCCUUGUGACCUCAUCUCACUCUUACUCUCCCUGCCCUCUCUUUUAAAGGUGCUAUCAUAUUUUUUUUUUCUUAUCACGUUCACAUGCUGACUCCCCCUUUUGUUUUGUUUCGUUUUUAUUACUUUAUUUCCUAUGGUAGUAAUGCAGCGUUUGUAUGUCUUGUAGCUCUAGAUCUUUCA